AUCCUUAGAGUUUAGAAAGGGUUUAGGGUUUAUACAACACAAGUAAAACAGAAGAACAGAAACACAAUCAGCACCAAGAGGAAGAGGCGUAACACAACAAUGAGCGAGAAGAGAAGAAUAAGCCUCGUAGCAGGUUCAUACGAAAGAUUCAUAUGGGGUUUCACUCUCAAUCCCAAUAAACAAACCCUAAACCCACUCUUCUCUUACCCUUCCCAUCUCUCUCUAAUCAAAUCCGUCGCCGUUUCCGGUUCCGUCGUUGCCUCCGGCGGCUCCGACGAUACAAUCCAUCUCUACAAUCUCUCCGCCGCUUCCUCCCUUGGUUCCCUCAACCACCACUCAUCCACCGUCACCGCUCUUUCGUUCUACUCACCUCCUCAUCUUCCUUUCCCUCGCAAUCUCGUCUCUGCUGACGCCGACGGUUCCCUCGCUAUUUUCGAUGCCGACGGUUUCGUUCACCUUAAGACACUUCCCGUUCAUAAGAAAGCUAUUAAUGAUCUUGCUCUUCAUCCUUCCGGGAAGCUUGCGCUAACUGUUUCGCGUGAUAACUGCUUUGCUAUGGUUAACCUUGUUCGUGGUCGUAGGAGCUUCUGUUGCCGGUUAGAUAAAGAAGCGUCGCUUGUCCGAUUUGACGCAUCGGGUGAUUCGUUCUUCAUGGCCGUUGAUGAGAUUGUCUCUGUUCAUCAAGCGGAGGAUGCUCGUUUGUUGCUUGAAUUGCAAUGCUCCAAACGUGUUCUCUGCGCUGCACCUGCUAGGAAUGGACUUCUCUAUACAGGCGGUGAGGACCGCAGUAUCACAGCAUGGGACAUAAAAAGUGGAAAAGCUGCAUAUUGCAUAGAAGAGGCCCAUGCUGCGCGUGUAAAAGGUAUUGUUGUUCUCAGUGAUGAGGCUACAGGGGAUGAUGAACCAUACCUAGUGGCAUCUGCAUCAUCUGAUGGGACUAUACGCGCAUGGGAUGUUCGCAUGGCUGCCACGGAGAAGCCAAAUCCACUAGCUGAGUGUAAGACACAGUCAAGACUGACAUGUCUUGCUGGAUCAAGUCUGAAAUUCAAACAACCCCAAGCUGGAAAGAAAAAUGCAAAAGUUGAAGAUGAAAAUCAAAUGGUGACAGAUCAAUAGUUUUCUGGAUGGCAUGCUUGAGAAAAUUGUUUUGCUGUUUGACUAACGCAGUUUUGACCUUUGGAGGGUUCGGUUAGCAUCACAUUGCUUUGAGAAGACUAUGGCCACGUACUCAUAGUUGAUUCUAUUUAUUGGUAGCAGUUGCAGUGCACACAUCUGCUCUCUGUUCACGAGUUAUGUCAUAAUGUUACUCUCAUAUGCCUGCACUUCUUGCUAGCAAUUCUAUGUGACGGUUUGCUAUCUAUUUCUGUACAAGUCUUCUAGUAAGUUGAAACAAAAAAGGUUCAUAUACUAUUAAAUUUUUCAUCUUUAGAAUACCUUAGUUUAUAUUUAUGAAAUUUGUCCAUUUAAUGUGGAAGUCAUACUAUUAUUUCUUGGGUUCUUUCUGUUAUAUGUAACCGAAUGAUUUCAGAAACGUAUACAAAAUGACGUACAUCUUAA